GCAUGAUGGGACAUGAAGGGUUAAAUCGGUGGGGAGGGGAGGUGACAGCAAACCAAAAGAAGAGGGGGAUAUAAAAACACCAAAGGCUUCGUGGGCACGAGUCUGACUGUGUUUGUGCUGGACUAAAGAUACAGAACGACAGAAGGGAACACGCACACACACACUAGUACUGAGCUGUGGUGUCGUGUGUUAUUUGACAGCGCGCGUUUACGCAGAAGGUGAAUGUGGAUACUCUUGCGCAAGAGCAGCUCAUACACCCUCCUGAGGACAGAGCUCAGAUGAGUUAGUCAGAGGAGGAACUUUGGAUCUUGAUCACACUGAAAAUGGGCUUAGAGUGAACUACACUUCAUCCCUGAAGACACAGUGGCAUUUGGAAAGGAUGACAGCACUUCGCGCAACGCAUAGGAGCGCAACAAUGUACCCAAACCAGACGUUUUAUAGGCCUAUUAGACGUGAAGGACAGACCACGAGAAUUUGAAGUGGAUUGAACUGGGGAGACUUUGUGUUUUGUAUUUUCAAACAUAAGAAGAAUGCUACAGGGUCUCAGAAUUGUGUACUUGUGCCAGUGUAUCUGAUUUACCUGCGCACAAGUAAAAGCUUUUCCUCAAUGAAAAAGUAAAACUUUAUAUAUCAACAUAUAAUCUACUUGCUUUUGCAUUUUAUACUAAUGUUAAAAGAAAAGUAAAUACCUCAAUGGAAUGGUACACAGCUUUGGAGUUUGUGGAACUUACUUUUCUGUUUUUUAAAGGUAAUUCAAGUUCUUUUUGGACAUCAGGAUUAUACCCCUUUUAAGAACAGGCGCUAUAGAUCCAUCAUUGAUCUGGUCAGUUUUCAAACGUGGAGUGAUUGGGCUUCUUUGAGAUCAUUUCUAGCCAGUUACUCUUUUUCCCGUGAGUAUUGCUCUUCUGGACCCCGAGGUGGCUCCGCAGUGGUGUGGCGGCUCCUCGUCCGCGGCGGAUCCGGAGAUCGGAGUGUCUGCAGCGGCAGGAGGCGGCAGCGGAAGCCUGGCAGCGGCGGCGGUGGCGCAGGGUCCUAAGAGCGCGCGAGUGAAAAGGAUGGUGCGGCUGGCGGCGGAGCUGCUGUUGCUGUUGGGACUCCUUCUUCUGACGUUACACAUCACGGUGUUGUGGAGCAGCCCGCUGCAGCACGGAAAUGACACUGUGAGCUCCGAGCAGGACUCGCGGUUGGCGAUUAAUGUCAAUGCAGAAAGCAGUUCCUCUGUUCAGUUGGGGCCGGGUGACAGGCAGUCCUGGGUGCCUCAUAUUCCAGCGUCUCAGCCCUGGGUUCAGAGUCACGGGACAGGGGGCAGCCUGCAGAGAGAUGGACCAGGAGCUUUUCUGCUGGACCUGCAGAACUUCCCUGAUCUUUCCAAAGCUGAUAUAAAUGGGCAAAACCCCAACAUUCAGGUUACCAUAGAAGUGGUGGACAGCCUGGAAAGUUCGGAGCCAGAGAAGGGAAUACGCAAAGAAAACAAGCCUGGCUGGGCGGCUCCUAACUGGAGGAACUGGUGGCAGCGUUCGUCUUCCUCAUCCUCAUCUUCCACGUCCACCCCAAAGGGGCCCGACGAACAGGAUUACCCCUACGAGAGCAACACGGAGGACAGUAACUUCCUCAAACCGCUCGGAGACUGGGAGCGAAGAGGGUCUGCUGGCACAGGAAGCAGAUCCCAGACUGAAUACGGUACGUUGCAGACGAGCGUGUGUAUGUCUUAA